AGUCGUCGCCUAGGCGGGUCUGGCGUCCGAGGCGGGCGCCGCAGAGCGAUUUGGCGAUGGGGGCGUGCGGGGCCGCGGGGGAAAAGGGCGCGCGCGGGAAUCGCAGGCGGGAAAUAGAGCAGAGUUGCGCGCGCGAGGAAAUCGCGCGCCAACACCUCCCGCCGCGAGUACAUCUCACGGGCGGGGAUUCAGAGCGAGAGAUGGAAAUAGAGAGGGAAAGAGAGAGGGCGGCCGGCCGCCGGUACCUGGAAUCCUCUCCGGCGGCGCUCUACUCUGACCUAGCCAUGGCUGCUCUCCAAUGCGUGGCUCGAGCCCCUUCUUCUCCAAUCAAUCUGCUUCUUCUUCCUCUUCUCCAACUAAUCCGGGCGGAUUCCCUCAACUCCCGCACCCAGGAGCUCCUGGUUCUUCUCCGGCGUGCUCACCUCUGCCUCCCUGUCGCCACCCCUUCCUGGAGCUGCAUCACAGGGACACAGUACAAGAUAACAACAAGCAAUGGCUAGUCCACCCUCAGUCAACAAUGAGAACUAUGAUCCAAAAACUAAUAAAGCAAGGAAGGCAAGGUCUAAUGAUCCAGGUUGAAAGUAUGGCUACUGGGCAAACCUUGAAAACAGAGAUCAAGUGACAUGUACCCUCUAUGACACCAUGGUUCAUGAAGGGAUUAAAAGGUUGAAGCAGCACUUGGCAGGUGGGUAUGGAGAUCAAGUGACUGUAUGUUGGUGCAUGUUUGUGCUGCCUCUAUUCUAGAUGAGGGUAUGUAUAUGGCGUCGCCUCGCCGCGCGCCUUAUUCGCCU